CCCAUUGCACGUUAGGGGGGCCCAGCACAGGCAGGGAGUACGUUAUGCUUCAGUUUCCUUGUUCUGCCUUAAAAACAAAUUUUAUUCCAUCACGGUCCGCAGAGCAGACAGGGACUCCCGAACCAAAGCGUCUCCCUGCUCCACCAGCUCCAGGGUUCCCGAGCCUGGCUGGGAUUCAGACUCUGGGAGGGAGAGACGGAAGAAGAGGAGAGAGGAACAGAGGACAGAGCGAGGCAGGUGGGCUGUGGAUGCCAGGAGGGAGGCGUGAGUGGAAGCAGCGGGGGACGAGGCUGCAAAGCUAGGGUCGUGAGGCCUCCCCGCCAGAUGUGCCAGGUGGGACACCCUCUGGGCCCACACAGUGCUCGUGUCCUGUUGGGACAUGUAAUGGGACCCUGUGUCGGGGUCCCUGAGACCACCUCAGGGUCAGUGAUUUGCUAGGAGGACUCCCGGGGCCCGUCGUAUAGUUGUAUUCACGGCUGUGGUUCAUUACAGCCAGAGGACACAGUCACGGUCAGCCGAGGGGAAAGGCACGGGGCAGAGUCCCGACAGAGCAGGAGACGCGUCCUCUCCUGGCGGCGUCACACAGGUCGUACUUAACUCUUCCAGCCGUGAGUUGUGACAUCCGGUGUGAAAUGUCCUCUCCCGGGGAAGCUCCCUAGAGACUCAGGGUUUUCACUGGAUGCAGACCAUGUAGACACCCUCCUCCUGGCAUGUACUGAAAUCCCAGAGCCCCAGAAGGAAGGCAGUGUUCAGCAUCAACUGCACUGUUUGUACAAACAGUCUGGGCCCAGCAAAUCAUCCUCAUCAGUCAGGAAACCGUGGGAACCUCCCCAAAUCCAAGUUCCCCAACACCAGCCUCAGGCCAGCCUCGCAGGCAAGCCUUUCUCGGGGCAGCAGCGUCAGGCCCGCUCUUCCAUACGGACCUGAGCUUUGGCUACGAGCUCUCCGUCCAGAAGGCCAGGAAGAGAUGAGGAUGGCUCUUUGAGAGAUGUUUCGGAGGGCGUCUGAGCGUGUUCCCGAGAGGAGGUGCCCAUACCCAGCCAGGGGGCAGAGGUUAGUUCAGGAGAGCCCGCUGGCCUGCUGAGCGGCUGUCCGGUGGUCAGAAUGCACAGGGGGCCGAGGAGGAGGAGACGGCGGUGUCUGACCACUUGUGGGCCUUCGGACUCUGGACCGAAGGCAGGUAGCCCGUGGAGAGGCUGCCUCCAGCCGGGUGUGUCCUCGUGGUGCCAGUGGUCAGCGGGAGACAGAGCGGGGAGCAGAUGCCAUUGGUGACAAGGCCGUGGUUGGUAGCGGCGAUGGUUUUUACAUUUAUUUAUUUAUUUAUUUAUGGCCGUGUUGUGUCUUCGUUGCUGCACACAGGCUUUCUCUAGUUGCGACGAGCGGGGGCUACUCUUCGCUGCAGUGCGCGGGCUUCUCAUUGCGGUGGCUUCUCUUGUUGUGGAGCACGGGCUCUAGGCGCGCGGGCUUCAGUAGUUGUGGUGCGUGGGCUUCAGUAGUUGUGGCUCGCGGGCUCUAGAGUGCAAGCUCAGUAGUUGUGGCGCACGGGCUUAGUUGCUCCACUUGGACCAGGGCUCGAACUCGUGUCCCCUGCGUUGGCAGGUGGAUUCUUAACCACUGCGCCACCAGGGAAGUCCUACAGCAACGGUUUUUAAAAUCACUCACUUGAGUUGAUGAAACAAGGCAGUAGAUUAUCUUUGCUUUAUUAGGAGUGUCUUCAUUUUAUUCAAUAAUUUUUUUCUUACAGAUAAAUAGUUUAGCAUUUGUUCCUAAGCCAGGAGGACCCUUCCCGUAAUUUAUAUGCUGCUUAAUAUAAAUAUAAACUUUGUGUUUAAUUUGCAUGAAGUUAAUUUUUGCUGUAAUUGAAAAUACAUGCCUUCGAGAUGCGGGUCAUCUUCUAGGGUCUGACGGCCAUUUUAAAGCCCACUUAAUGACUCUUUUUAAAGAAAUUAGGACACAAUGUUUCUUUAAUCUUCCGAAGCCUGCUCCAAAGGCUCUGGAGGAGGCUCCUGCCUCAGCUCUUCCAGCUUCUGGUGGCCCCGGGCAUUCCCUGGCUUGUGGCUGCAUCACUCCAGCGUCCGUCUCCAUUGUCACAUGGACUUUUCCUGCCUGUGGGUCUGUCUCUGUUCCUCUUCUUUUAAGGACACCAGUCAUAUUGGAUUAAGGACCUGCCUUAUUCCAUUAUGACCUCAUCUUAACUAAUUACAUCUGCAGGAACCCUAUUUUCAAAUAAGGCCACGUUCUCAGGUACUGGGGUGAAGUCUUUGGCGUAACUUUUGGGGGACACAGUUGACCCCCGUCACUGUCUCUUGAGCAGACUUCCGUUGCCCCUUUGCCCGUUCCCGUGUGUCAGGUGCCCACCCCACGCUCUCUGUCACUACUGCCCCCCCUCUGGUGUCCACCUGGAGACACAGGCAAGCUGAGGAUGACUAGGCGGGCCUUGCCGGGAGGGAACCAGCCAACUCCCCUGAGAUUGUGCCCACAGGUGUCCAUGGCCUUCCAGGACCUGGCCGUGCGGUUCUCCGAGGACGAGUGGCGGCUGCUGGGGGAGGGGCAGAGGGCACUCUACCUGGACGUGAUGCGGGAGAACUACGAGACGCUGGCCUCCCUGGGGACAGUGGAGCUGCUGCCCCUCUCUGCCUUCCUGUGUCCCUCGGAGCCUGGAGGAGCCGUGAGGGGCGGGGGCUGUGCUGCUGAUGGGCAGGACCCUCCGCGGGGAGGAGGGCCCCUGGGAGGAGCCCCCCAGCACAGCCUGCACCUCAGCGCCCUGGUGCAGCUGGUGAAGGAGAUCCCAGAGUUCCUGUUCGGGGAAGUCAGCCCUGAGAGCAGGGGAGCCAGCCUGGACGGGGAGGGGGCGAGCCCCGAGGCAGCUGUGAUGGGGGAUACUUACCCUCUCCGAGGCUUGCUUGGCUGCCUUCCGGACACACCUGUCGGCCGGCCUGGCCUGGCCGCCAUGCCCAGCGGCAGCUCAUCCCGCAGCCUGCCCAGAGCCAGGGGGCAGGGGAGCCCCCUCCUCAUCAAAACUGCUGACAUGCCAAGGCCUGUGGAGGAGGAAAGCCCAGGGGCCCCCAGCCAGGAGCCUAGCCCUCCGACCUGUAGCCCCGGCAGGCGGAAGAGCCACAGGAAUCAGGAGAGAGGGGCCACGGGGGCAGGAGCUGCAGGAACCUCUCCUGGGAACAGCCCCCUGCAAGGCCUCAUCAACUGCCUGAAGGAAAUCCUCGAGCCCGGGCCCCAGCACCCCGAGCGGCCCCUGCGCUUACUGCCACCAGCCCGCAGCCUGGGUGCGUCCCAGCUGACCGGAGCAGAGCUGCGGCCCGGGAGCCCGCCCUGGGCAGUGAAGACAGAGACAGCCUCAGGGCCUUGUCCCCUCCAGAGUCUGCUGAACUGUCUGAAGGAGAUCCCAGAGGCCCGGGACAAGCAACCCAGCCCCUCAGGAGCAAGGGACCCAUGGCUGCAGGAGGACCCAGGGGCCUGGAAAAGGAAUUCUGGAGGGCCCCGCCCCUUCCAGACCCCUCCACCCGGGCCUGGUCCUGGAGCUGGCAGCGUGCUCUCUGCAGUGAAGGUGGAGGACGGCUGGGCCCAGGGGCCCCCAGAGCCCACAGCCUGUGAGCUCAGCAAGCGGACCCACGGCCCUUCCGCCGCGGGCAGCCCUGGGGACAGUGGAGGCACCGCCCGUGUCCAAGUGCCCAGCUGGGGCUCUGCCGCUCGAGCCGGCAGCGCCUCGAGCUCACCCCUGGAAGCCCUGGAGGCCUGUCUGAGGGGCAUCCCCCUGAGUGGGUCGUUACCUUCCCAGCCGCCGGCCAGCUCUUGGUCCCAGAGCCCCCAGCCAGGAGACCCUGGGUCUCAGAGGCCCGAGCUGCAGCGCCUCGGAUCACACAGCAGAGGCUCCCAAGGCACCUCCGCCAGCUUCUCUUCGUCCAGCAGCAUUGACGGGGACCUGGAUUUCCAGAGCCCUGAGGGCAGCCAGGGGCAUCGGCUUGGAAAAGGAAGCCGCGAGGGAAGCUCCCCGCUCCAGGGCCUGGAGAACUGCCUCAGAGAGAUGCCUGCACCUGGGCCGCAGCCCACCUGGCCCUGCUCCUCGGCAGGGCACAGGGGGCCAUGGAGGGUGGAGCCCAAGAACUGGACGGCGGGCAUGGAAGGACUGAGGGGCGAGGCCUGUGAGCCAGCCCACCCGGGACAGCGAGGGGGUGACGUGCCCACCAGGAGCCUCCGCCUGGCCAGCCCACAGGCACUUGCCCCUGGCACCAUCCCUGCCUGCCACCAGCAAGGUCCCAAGGACCCCGGGGCCGCCAGGCCAGGACCGUGGAGGUGGCUCCCAGAUGGGCCAGCCACCAAGCCCUCCCCACUCCACUGCCUGGAGAACUCUCUGAAGGGGAUUUUGCCCGGGGGGCCCCUGCGCUUCGCCUGCCUGGCUGACCCUGUCCCGGGCCCCAGCCACAGCCCCAGCCCCAGCUCCAGCUCCAGCAGCUCAGAAGGAGAAGACCCAAGGCUGGAGCCUGAGCUCUGGCAGCCCCUCCUGCAGGAGAGGGACCGCCUUCCCAGCUGCAAGGGCCUUGGCCCUCCUUCCCCAUGCCCUGGCGGCCCUCGCGCUGGCAGCAGCCCUGGUGAAGGCCGGAGAAGAGGCGAGACCGGGGACCACCGUGGUCUCAGUGCAGCAGGAAAAGCAGAAGAGAAGGUGGGAGGCCGGUCCCAUCCGCCCUGGAGAGAAGUGUGCUUGGAGAGCCUGGGCCCGCCUGGCCCCCUGGGCAGCGCCGGAGGAGGUCGUGUCCAAGUAUCCCCGGUCAGAGUGGCUCUGGGAAGACGAUGUGUAUCCACACCCCAAGGGCUCUGUGCUCUUCCCGCGGGGGCAGCUGUGGACCCUGCCUCUCAGCUGGAGAAAAGGUCGGGGUCUGGGCCCUGCCAGCCUCCUGGGUCAGCCUGUGGGCCCCUGUCCUGGAAUCCAACGGCUGGUGAAGAGUCCAGGGGCCUGGGGCCCGGAGACGGAAGCCCAGGUGUUACAGGGUUUUCCUCCAGGACUAGUGGGCUGUUUCAUAAGAGUGUGCAGACCCUUUUUAGAGGCAAAACAGACAUUGAGACUUUCCCCAGGAUAGCCGGGACCCACCCGAGGCCCCUUCCCGGAGAUCCGCCUGGGCCUCCCCCCGGAGCCGCCAUCCCUGGGGCUUUGCCGCGCGCCUCCCCGCGGCCACCGUGCCCCUGCGGGAGUUCCUUGCAGCACGAGCUCCGUGGCCUCGGUGCCGCCCUCUCGGAGAAGCUGGAUCGGCUGGCCGGGACCCUGGCCGGCCUGGCUCAGGAAGUGGCCGCCGUGAGAACCCAGGUGGAUCGGCUGGGGCGGCGCCCGUGGGGCCCGGGGACGAAGGGCCUCCUCUGGGGCCCUCGCUGGACCGGUGGCCCUGCUCACAGACACCCGCCCUACUGGAGGCACAAGGGCCCCCGCAGGCCAAGACCGAAGAUCUUGCGGGGCCAGGCGGAAGGCUGCAGGGCCGGCGACUCCUCAGGCCUGGCCAGCGGGAGGCCCCGCCUGGUGCCUCAGCUGCCCCCGGACGUGCCCCUGGCAGAGGCUUCUGGGCCCAGCUCCGGCCCUCUCUCCUCGGCAUGCGGCAGCCCCGCUGUGCUGACCACUUGUCACCCCCUCGGACUCCCGGAGAGCCACUGGAGCCCCCCACCCCCUUUGCUGCCUGCUGCCCCACCCCUCCAGGUGGCCGCCAGUGCAGGAGCAGAGCCUCGGGCUGCAGCAGCGGCACCGCCCAGGACCCUAAAGUGGCCCAAGGAUCCAAGCAGCCUGUUGGCGGGGCUCCAGAGAGCCCUUGAGGGGGAGCUGUGGGGUGGGGAGCACAGGGACCCCGGGUGGGGGCCCCCUAGCCGCCGUCUUAAUGGGCUGCAUCCUUCCGAGGAUGCCCCACCCCUGGCCUCUUCUGGAGGCCGGCCUCCGCCCUCGGCCCCCUGCAGCAGAACCUUCCCCGUGUCUGGACUAUGAGGGGGCCAGGGGUCUGCCCUUGGCCUGACCGCCCCAGACUUCAGGAUGCCUGUUGCUCAGGGAGGCGCGUUCCCCAGCCACGCCUCUGGCUUUCUUGACUCAGGUUCGUUUAGAUGUCGCUUCCCCUCCUGCCCUUCGCGCUGGAACUGCCAGCGCCGGCAGGGGGUGGUAUGCGUACACGCGUGCGCACACCACGUUGCCGGGGCGCUGCGAGCCACUGCAGGGGUGCCACGCAGGAGAGCACCUCUUCCCGCCUGCUGUCCUGACCUCAGCGCUGAGAAGCCAUGGCUGUCCUCUUCCUGGCGGAUGGGGGCUUAGCUUUCAUUUGGGGCAGAACUCCACCCCCUGGUCUAAGCUGGAUAUACCUGUGGUGGAUUCUAAAAUUACCGACCCUGGCUGCUAAGGAAAAGGCCCAUGGCUCCUACAGAAAGGAGUCCAGAGGGGCCACACCAGGGCAUGGCUGUUUGGUUGUUACCAGCACUGGGGACAAGCCUGCCCUCCCAGAGCCUCCAGAGAAUCAGCAACCCCCCUGCCCCGCCCCCCAAGCCCCCUCCGUGGCUGGGGGAGGAAUUCGCACACGACUCCCUGGGAAAGAGCAACACAUGUGUUGUCUUCCUGGGGCUGCAGUAACAGUACCACAGGCCGGGCGCCCUAAACAACACACACUUACAUCCCCGCGGUUCUGGAGGCCAGAUGUCCAAGGUCGAGGAGUUGGCUCCUUCUGAGGCUGUUCGAGGCCCCUCUCCGUGGCCGGUCGCUGACCGUCCUCAUGUUCGCGGUGUGCUCUCCCUGAGCGCAUGCCUCAAAUGUCCCUUUCGUCUGAGGACACCAUCCUCAUGCCCUCACUAACAUGAUUACUUCUGUAAAGACCUUGCCUCCAGCUAAGAUCACGUUCGGUGGUACUGGGGUUAGGACUCCAAUAUACGAUCCGCGGGAGUCGUGCACACUCCAACCCCUAACACACGUGAGGGGCUGAGCUAAACUUGGGUUCCUCGUGGGGGAAGAAAGCAUGAGCGGGGUCACUAGGUCUGCUUUCCCGGCGGCCACCAGCCUGCCCUGGGCCCCGCCCCUCAGGUGGCACUCGGUGUAGCACGGGGAACGGCCUGCCUGUCGUCUGCCGCAUUUCCCUCCCAAGGGUCAGAUCUUUUCUCCCGAUCUUUCCCUGCCUGAGUCCUUACUUGAUCUGAGGAAUCCUCGGGAUGGUCGUGCACACAUGUCAUCCGGGAAGGCCCUGUGGCGUGGUUAGCUGUGCUGUCAGGGAACCCGGGUGUGGCGCCGAGGCCCAGGCCGACUCGGGGCCAGAGCGGCUGUAGCCACGAUGGGUGCUGAAGCGGGGCCUUAUGGCUGCUGUACCCAGUGCGCCCCUAAAGUCAGGGCCUUUGGGGACACACGCCAGGCCUGGCCUGUGCUCAUUGCUGCCUCUGUGGAAGGAGCAGGCCACUCAUGCUGACGGCAGUAGCCGGCAGACAGACCAUGGGAAGGGGGUGUUAGAGCAUUUCCAGGACUAGAGUAAGUCCCAAGGUGACUGUCUCAGAAGCUAGUGUUCGUCAGAUCAUGUAAGUAGGAUGUUUAGCCAUACUUUUUUUUUUUUUUUUGCGGUACGCGGGCCUCUCACCGCUGUGGCCUCUCCCGUUGCGGAGCACAGGCUCCGGACGCGCAGGCUCAGCGGCCAUGGCUCACGGGCCCAGCCGCUCUGCGGCAUGUGGGAUCUUCCCGGGCCAGGGCACGAACCCGUGUCCCCUGCAUCGGCAGGCGCACUCCCAACCACUGCGCCACCAGGGAAGCCUCCGGUUAGCCAUAGUCGAUGGACCAUAAGGAACAGGAAAGUUCUAGGCUUUCCACUCAGGAAAAUGAGUCCAGCUCGUUCCCAGGCUGUGCAGGAGCGACGCUGGGCCCGUUUCAGAGCCAGUAGUAAGGGUCUGACGGCCUGGCUGGGAGAGGGGUCGGUGCUGCGGGCGAGGGGCCCCGGCCUCGCGGAGGAGGCCUCCGCCCAUCCGCCUGCCCAUCACCCUGGGCGGCCUCCCCUCCGCACGCCCUUCUCAGCGGGGGGACGGGGCGGGACGCGCCAUCCUCCUCUGUGUGACGUUUGAAGGUUCAGUUUUGUGGGGUUUACAAAUCAGCCUGCACGUCAACGCGCGAGGGAGCACGCGGGCCCAGAGGCCAGGAGGAGCGGUUGCUCCGGGCUGCGCGGGCCUCCUGCUGGCGCUGGCGGGGAGCGCGCACGGCGUUGGCUGCGGCCCAGGCCGGGGGCUCCGGGUCCACCUGGACCCUGUAGGAAAGUGCAAGUCCUUUCUCAAGAAUGUAGAAAACGAGUAAUAAAAUAAAGGGUGAGACACUCCUUGGUCUGCAGCCACAUUCGUCCCCCAGGUCCACUGCCUGCCACGUGGACAAAACCCUUUAUUAACUGAAAAACCUUCUAGAAUCUCUGAUUUGGUGAGCAAUCUGUGUGCAGUGUAGGAGUUUGAUCCUGUGUCCAUCUCCAACUACUUCGUGAGGAAAUGGGGUCACUCUGGUGGGAGAAACCGAGGGGCCUUUGGAACUCAGGAAUUCCCGGGGUCUGGAGAUGGGGGCAGAGAACCUUUGCUCCCACGGAGCUCCCUCUGGUCAGGGUCCCCGGCGGCCCACCUGCCCCGCCAGCCCGAGGCCGCUGUGAGGCAGGAAGGUGGGAAGGUCCCGCCUCAGCCUGUCGGCAUCGGAGCGGGCCCCACACAGUCCAGCAGAAGGGGGGGCCGCCGUGGAGGUGAAGGGGUGCGGGGGCCACAGUCCCUGCCUGAGACGCCCCACAACGUCACCGAUCUCUGCUGAAGGAGCUCGGCGCAUGGGCAGACCAGGGUUGCUCUAGACCUUGUGUCCUUGUGUUUUAGAUGUGGCCUCUGUAAACAGCCUACGGUUGGAUUUUGUCCUUUAAUCCAGCCUGACAAAUUUGGUCCUUUACUCAGAGCCCUUAAUCCAUUUAUGUGCAAAACGAUUGCUGAUACAUUGAGAUUUGAAUAUAG